GUCUGUUCUGUUCUAGUGUAAUUAAGCUCUACAGAUAUUCUUAUAAGCAAUAUGGGUUUGGAAAUAUAUGCAAUUUUUUGUACGAUCCUAAUUGGGCAAUGUGCGACAGAGCCGUUAAAAAAUGAAAAAAUUUCGGAAUAUAUUAGAAAGUGCUGCAUUGGUGGACUCCGUCAUGCUCGCCUUACAGGUUCUUGUUCCAACCAUGAAAUAUCACCUUUCAUAAUACCACAACUUUGGCUAGGAUUAUGUCACUCAACAUUUGAAGUAUGCUGUUCUCAUGCACUCGACAACCAAAAUUGCGAACUUGGUCGAUUAGCAGCAUUAGACGGUACUCGCUGUGACGUAGGAGAAAAUGUUACCUCUAAAGCAUAUACCGUUUGCUGUAGAUCAUGUCAAAUUGGAUUGGCAGUAAAAGCAAGUAAAGUAAACUGUAAGGAUCCCUUAUUUUCUUUUCUUUCUGCAAUGGAUGCGUAUAAAGCGUGCUGUGAUGAUGACGUAAAUGUUCAAGCUGAAACCGAUAAAAAUUAUUUAUAUACCCUUGAUAUUCCCGAUUCCAAAAAUACAUUUAACUCUACAGAGCACAUAGAUGGAACUAUAAUUUUGGAGGAUGAUGAUGACAUUUGUGGAAAAAUUCCAAAUCUGUGCGCCCAGAUAUGUGAAAACACCUUUGAUGCCUACAAAUGUAAGUGUCAUUCGGGAUAUAAGUUGGAUUCUAACAAUGUAACGUGUUCGCCGGAUAAAAAUCAAACAUGUCCGAGUGGAUUCGAUUUUGAUGAUCUUCAAGAAAAAUGCAUCGACAUCGAUGAAUGCAUCGAGCAAAUUCAUGAGUGUGAGAAAAGUCAGUAUUGCCACAAUACCAUGGGAAGUUACCACUGCUUAAGCGUGAAAAAUGAGGAUUGCGACGACACAGAUCUAAAUAAUUGUAAAGGUAACGAUCUUUGUAACGAUGAAAAUAAGUGCAAUAAUAAUAAGACAUCGAAUCAGAUAAUACCAAUGUGCGGAGAUGGCUUUGUACUUCAAAAUGAUAGUUGUACGGAUAUUGAUGAAUGCUUGAAAAACUCAACAAACAACUGCAACGGCAUGCACCAAGAAUGCAAAAACUCUUUGGGUAAUUAUUCAUGCCAAUGCCUGACGGGAUUUAGUUUAGAUUUUGCUUUAAAUGAAUGCGUUGAUAUAAAUGAGUGUUCCAUCAACAACCAUAAUUGCCUGCCAACUCAAAGAUGUGAUAACACAAUUGGGUCAUAUAUAUGCACGCGUCUUCAAAGUUGCGGAACGGGAUACACACUUAAUGCGGAAACUGGCAAUUGUGAUGAUGAUGAUGAAUGUUCACUAAAUACUCAUAACUGCCCAUCAAAAUACGACUGCUACAAUACCAAAGGAUCGUUCCGUUGUUACAGGAAAAUAUCAAUAUCGACAACAACGACCCCUAAGCCACGAAUUUCAAAUCUUACACCAAACAUUAAUUUUUCAACACAUAUCGACCAAAGUACUGACAACACAUCAACUGGCUUCAACAUUUCUUGCUCAUCUGGAUUUUUUAGGAAUGAUCUUGGUGCUUGUAUUGAUAAAGAUGAAUGUCAAACCAAUAACCCAUGUAGAAGUCAUGAACGUUGCAUUAAUACAAAUGGACAUUACCGCUGCGAGAGCCUUUUAAAGUGUCGAGGAGGAUACAAAUCUACAGCAGAUGGAAAAUCUUGUAUAGAUAUUGAUGAGUGCGAGACUGGAGAACACAAUUGUGGAGACAAACAAAUUUGUCGUAAUCGGAAUGGUGGCUAUGUAUGCGAAUGCCCCUUAGGACAUGAACUUAAAAGGCUAAGAAAUGGUGUUAAAAGCUGCGUAGAUAUUAAUGAAUGUGCAAUAGAUCAUCGUUUAUGUCCGUCAAAUGCUUACUGUUUUAAUACUAUAGGUUCCUAUUAUUGUGAGUGCAAAACCGGUUUUGAAAAAAAAGUACAAAACACAAAUAAUUUUAAAAGCGCUUGUUUUGAUAUCGAUGAGUGUAAGGUAAUUCCGGGACUUUGUCAACAAAAAUGUGUUAACUUCUGGGGUGGAUAUCGGUGCACAUGUAAUUCAGGUUACCAAAUAGGAUCCGACAACCGCACAUGCGUUGACAUAAAUGAAUGUGACGCUCAUAAGGAUUACAAAUUAUGCAUGGGAUAUUGCAUAAAUACGCCAGGAUCAUUUCAAUGCUCCUGCCCUCGAGGAUACACCUUGUCAACGGACUUGAGUACAUGCCGUGAUAUAGAUGAAUGUGCCAGCGACCAUGUAUGCACAGGUCGGAAGAUGGAAAUACCAUUUAUCAUCACCAUCUUGAUAAUCACUUGCCACUCCGAAAUAAUCGACUACACUAACAGCGAAUACCUACUACUGAAGAAUGAAAACGACGUAUGACUCAUUUGAGGACCUAUUUCAUAUCAUAAACCAAAGUUUUUACAAAGAAAUAAUUAGAAUAGAAGAUAAAAAUACUAACAACAGCUACUCAGACUCAGACUGGGACAUUUCCCAAAAUCUAAAUAUUAUAAAAAUUCUCAUGUCCCAAUUAAUACCAUCAAGAAAUAAAAGGGGCAUUAACGAAUUGGGCACAGCAUGGAAAUGGCUAGCAGGUACACCAGACCAUGACGACUUAAUAAGAAUCGAAAACAAAAUUAACGAACUGACAGAAAACAAUAACAAACAAUUUACAAUACAUUCACGUAUAUUUCAAGAAGUCUAACUUAUGAUCAAAAUUCACAAUCGUUGUUAAAAAAGAAACAAAAGUAAGACAACACCACCUACAAUUAAUUGCACUUGAUAUCCAAAAUUUAAUCGAUACAAUCACUUUAGCAAAAAUAGACAUUUUUAACACAAAAAUACUAAACGAACAAGAUAUUAAAGAAAUAUUUAGACACGAAAAUAAACCAGUUGUACUAUCAGAUCUGUUAGACAUCUCCACUUUUAAAAUAAUAAAAAACCAAGACCUACUUAUAAUAUAUAUAAAAUAUCCAAUUAUAAACAAUAUCUGUAGCUUGUACACAUCAAGGGCAAUUGCCCAAAAUAAUGGAAAAUUAAUAAUAGACGAUAAGACAGCAUACUGUAAUGGAAAAUUUUAUAAAAUAACAAACUUUAAAAAAGAAAUAUUCAAUACCUAUUAUAAACUCUCAAACGAGAGCUCGUGUUUUAUAAAUCUCACGAUUAAAUUGCCCAAAAUAAUGGAAAAUUAAUAAUAGACGAUAAGACUGUAAUGGAAAAUUUUAUAAAAUAACAAACUUUACAAUAGUUAUUGAAUAUUUCUUUUUUAAACUCUCAAACGAGAGCUCGUGUUUUAUAAAUCUCUUGAAUGGAAAAAAGCAAACUGUUCAAAAAUACGAGAAAAAAAUAAACAAUUUGAAUAUUUAGAUGAAGGCGCUAUUUUCCUCACUGGAGAAAAUAUUGUAAACGAAACAAAACUAAAUGGCGCAUUUUUGAUUUUAUUUAAUGAAAGCAUAAUUAUCAAUAAUAUAAAAUACAUCAACGAAAAACAGAAAAUGUUAGAUUACAUAUCACAAUAUAAAUACAAUAAUUAUAUAAUAACAGAUUACAAAUUUUCCAAUGAUUCCGAACUAAGAUUAGACAACAUAAGCAUUAUAAACCCGUUUGUAAAAAUAGGAAAUACAAAAAUGUCCCUUGAACUCAUAUUAUUAAUUGUAAUACUUAUUCUUUUUGCCAUAUAUAAAUCACGCAAAAUAUCAAUACCAAUAUUGAAAAAGAAAUAGAAAUUCCAAAAU